AUGCGUGCGAUCGAGUGGCUGCUGCUGAUGACAAUCCUCUCUGGCCCGUGGCCGUGCCUGUGUCUGGGCUUGCGGGACCAGCUGCCGAAUUCCUUGAGGCGCCACAUGAACCGUUCGGCGAACCCCUGCACAGAUUUCUACGAGUAUGCCUGCGGCAACUGGAUGCGGACGCAUCAGGAUCGACCCUACAGCAGCUUGAUCGGCAAGCUGGACCACGUGUAUCACGGGAAGCUGGCCAAGCUGCUGGAACAGCCGACGACGCCAGGCGCCCCCGAGGAGCACCGCUUCGAGCGACUGCUGCGGGACUAUUAUACCGCCUGCCGGACUCCACUCGGGGCGACGCCCUCGGCGGAGUUCAUGCUGAGGUUGUGCCGGAUGGUCGAAGUGGAUGGCAACAGUCUGUCCGUGGCCCUGACGGCCCUCUUCCAGGCUGACGUUCUUCUAGAGAUCAACGAGAGCAAUCUGCCCGCAGUUUGGGCGAGCCUCAUCCUACGCCCCUCGGCCGAGGGCGACCGAAACGCGUCCUUGUACCAGCCCCUGAGCCGCGAGGAGUUCGACCAGCUCUGGCGCAUUCUACCCGCCCCGGAGGAGAGCCCCGAAAAGGUGUGGCAAAAGGUGAAGGACCUGGAGGAGGCGAUCACCGCCCAGAUCAAGCCCGAGGAGGCUGCGCGCUGGGCAACGAACCCAAAAGAUACGGGCACCCAGACCCAGGUGCUGUUCCCGGUGCCGGCCCACUGGAUGCUGCCGUGGCCCACUUACGAGACGGGCAUUCUUUACGUUACGCAUCUGUCGCACCACCUGGCCAGCCAGCCGCCGCGCUUCCUCCUCCACUACCUGCUCCUCCGCUCGCUGCACCGCGAUGCCGAGCGGGCGCCCUGGAGCUUCACCCGGCUGGAGUGUGCUGCCCAGGCCCGGUUGUUCGUCACCCAUGCGGCCGUCUGGCUGGUGGAGCAACACCAUCCCCACCUGCAGGCCAAUGGCACGCUGCAGAUGCUAUUCGGAGAGCUGAAGAAGCAAUUUGGACUGAAAGUGCGGGCCAAUCGGAACAAGUUCUCGGCGGCCACACAGCGCUUUCUGCUCGAGAAGCUGGGGAGGAUGAGCCUGCGGCUGAGCAUCCUGCCCAGCCCGGGGGUCGUGGAGUCUGUGGAGUCUGUGGAGCAGCGCUUGGAGCAGCACUACCGGAAGCUACGGAUCAACGCCUCCGACUACUUUGGCAACCUGCUGGCCGUAAUGGAGCACUCGAGGCGCCAGGAGGAGAGUCCGGACGCCAAGUACGACCUGCAGCCGGUCAAGGUGCACGGCUACGGCAGCUAUGCCUCGCCCUUCUUUAUGCCCAGGGCGAACGCGCUGCUCGUGCCACUCUCCCUGCUGGAGGCGCCCCUCUUCCGACCCGGCCAGCGCCAGGUGCUCACCUACAGCUCGCUGGGCUUCAUCCUGGGCCACGAGCUCUCGCACGGCUUUGCGCCCGUCGAUGUGCACUUCGAUGCGCUCGGUCGGCCCAACAGGUCCAAGAGCAAAUCCAUGCUCACGAGUCGACGCUACCUGUCCCAGGCACUCUGCCUGCAACGCCGUCACGGCCCCUUCUUCGCCGACGAGAAGUUUGCCGAUCUGAAUGGCCUCGAUCUGGCCUACGGUGCGUACUUCGAGGCGGGCGCGGGCGCGGGCGACGAGCCUGGCAGGGGCACGCCGGCCCAGAAGCAGCUCUUCUUUUUCAACUUUGCGCAAUUCUUCUGCUCGGACGACAAGAACCUGGAGGACAGCGAGGAGCACGGCAGCGAUAGGCUGCGCGUCAACGAUGCCAUGGCCAGCUUCGAUCCCUUCCGCCAGGCCUACGGCUGCAAGUCGGUGCGAAGUGGCACAAGGUCACGCUGCCAGUUGUAUUGA